CCCCAUACCUCCCCGUACCGCAAGCAAACCCUCACUUUCUCUUCCGUCAUAGCACCUUCCUCCUUCCUUCCUUCCUUCCUUCCUUCCUCAAUACCACUCCUUCCACAGAUACUAUCCAUCUCGAUCUUCAGAGUCACUCCUUCAGAGCUCCAGAUUCUACCCAUCCCCUCCUUUUGCCAGCUAUCCAAACAGCUGCCAAAUACGUCACCAAUUACAAUACAUUCACACUUCAAGCUAUCAGGAUCGUCAUUCGCAACAUAUCUCAGCACUCCAUCAUGGAGCAGCAACCGCGGCAGCCAUCCAGUGGCAUCCUCGGCCCAACUGGCCGAAGGCUUCAUAUUGCCCAUCGCAGAAGUCCAUCAGAGUUGACCCCCCUUAUGAGCAUGUUCUCGUCUCCAGGCAUGGAACAACUUGCCAUCCAACAACAGAUUGAAUUGCUACAGCAACAACAGCAGCAGAUCCAAGCUACACACCAGCAGUAUGUUAACAUGGGAAUGAUCCCACCAACUCAGCACCUGCCUCCUGGUGGCGGUUUCAACCCCCUACAGCAGCAACAAGGGCCGAAUAUGCCUCCACAAAAUGCAUUUCAGUUUCCAAACCAGCCUCAGCAACAAUUGGGUGUGCCGAUGGGAGCUCCGACACAGCCAUUGUCACAUCGCCGAAAUCAAUCGGCAAUGCCAAAUAUGGGAAUGGGCCCUCCCCCAGCGCCCUCAUCAGGCACUUCGGGGACGGGUUAUAAUGAUUACAAUCCACAACAUGGGCGGGAGAACCAGUCUACACGCGGAGGCCGUGGAGGUGGCCCGCCCGGCGGUGGCCACCAACGCCGCCACUCGCUCGCCUUACCUGAGGCCAAGAAAGCGGCUGAGCUGGCCCAACAAAAACGCACUACGUCUGGCUUCCAGUUCCCAAUCCCAGGGGCACCUGGUGCCGCCCCUGCAACUGCCGAUGGCACCAGCCCAUCAGAUGACAAAGCAACCCCUCCACCACAACCCACAAGCACGUUCCCUGGUACUUUUAAUGUGCGGGGCGGCCGCGGUGGAGCGCACGGGAGAAGCCAGAGUAUGGCUGUCGGCUCCGCUGGCCGUGGUGCUGGCUCCAUGCGUGGCGGCGGUUCCUUCCAGUUCCCAGCGACCACUAUCAAUGAGGGCGCGGCUACCAGCCAAGGUACGGACUUUCAGCGUAAGGGCAGUGCAGGACACGCUCGAAACUCGUCCAGAAACUUUGAGGGCAACUGGAGAAAUCAAAGCAUCUCGGGUCCUGGUCAGCCACAGGACCAACAAGCUCAGAUGGGUAAUUUCGGCCAAGGCCAAGGCCUUCCUCAAGCUGGAGGAUUCCAACCAGGUCACCGCAACCGCGGAAGCGUUAACCAGCCUAUGGGAUCCGUUGGAUCUUUCCAGUACAACGGACAGCCACAGUUGGUACAGCUUCCUCAGGGCCAGAUGGCUCUGGUACAGCAGCAAAUGUUCCCUGGCCAACAGUUGAACCCACUGCAGAUGAACCAGCUUCAAGCUUUGCAGGCGGCCCAGAUGAACAACCAGCAUAUGGUUAACAUGCAGGGCGGCCAGCACGGUGGACAACAGGGCCAAGGGCAACAGCAACAACAGCAGCGCAAGACGCUCUUUACUCCUUACCUUCCGCAAGCCACUCUUCCAGCAUUGCUUGGAGAUGGCCAGUUAGUCUCUGGUAUCCUUCGUGUCAACAAGAAAAACCGCAGCGAUGCAUACGUAUCGACUCAAGACGGCAUCUUGGACGCUGAUAUCUUUAUCUGUGGUAGCAAGGACCGAAACAGAGCUUUGGAAGGCGACUUAGUCGCCGUCGAAUUGCUUGAUGUUGAUGAAGUGUGGGGCCAGAAGCGCGAGAAAGAAGAGAAAAAGAAGCGCAAGGAUAUCACUGAUACUCGUGGCGGCUCCAACAGUGGCAACGCAGAGAGGUCUCACCGUGAUAAUUCCAAUGGUGACGAUAACUCGAAUACCGGCGAAGGCGGAAUCCGACGCAGAGGUAGCUUGAGACAGCGCCCAACACAAAAGAAGAACGAUGACGUCGAGGUCGAAGGCCAAAGCCUUUUGCUCGUCGAAGAAGAGGAGGUUAAUGACGAGCAGAAGCCAUUGUACGCUGGCCACAUCGUAGCCGUCAUUGAACGUGUUGCCGGCCAGAUGUUCUCAGGAACUCUCGGCCUCCUUCGCCCUAGCAGCCAGGCCACCAAGGAGAAGCAAGAAGCUGAGCGACAAGCCCGUGAUGGCAAUUCUGGGCGCCACCAUGAGCAGAGGCAGCAAGAUAAGCCAAAGAUUGUCUGGUUUAAGCCUACUGACAAGCGUGUUCCAUUGAUUGCUAUUCCGACAGAGCAGGCACCAAGGGACUUCGUAGAGAAGCACCAGGAUUAUGCCGACCGUAUAUUUGUCGCAUGUAUCAAGCGCUGGCCUAUCACCUCCCUCCAUCCAUUCGGCACUCUUGUUGAGAUGCUGGGUAAGAUGGGCGAACUGAAGGUGGAGACUGAUGCCCUAUUGAGAGACAACAACUUCGCAUCGGACGAGUUCUCUGAUGCCGUAAUUAGAAGCAUCAAUCUCGAUGAGUGGUCUCUGGCCAAGGAGGAUGAAGCUACUAUAGCUUCUCGUCGUGAUUUCAGAGACGAGAAGGCCUUCACAAUCGAUCCUAACGGCGUCAAUGAGUUGGAUGACGCAAUCCACAUCAAGGGCGAAGUAGAUGGAAAGAUUGAAAUAGGUAUUCAUAUUGCGGAUGUUGCUCACUUCAUCAAGGCGAACUCGCUUGUUGACAGAGAGGCCAAGAAGCGUGGCACUGCAGUUUACUUGAUGAACAGGUCGUGCAACAUGCUUCCACCUAAGAUUGCAAGCGAUGUAUGCUCUCUGAUCCCAGGAGAGGACCGCCUCACAGUUAGUGUUGUCUUCAAAGUCAACACUCUCACUGGAGCGGUGGCAGAUGAUGAUAUUUGGAUCGGUAAAAGUAUCAUCAAGAGCAGUGGCAAGCUUUCUUACCGCGAAGUCGAUGCUGUUCUUUCGGGCCAAGGAAACGUUAAGCUUGACGGCAUUAGUGAUAAGGAUAUUCAGAUACUGCAGGCUGUUUCCCGGAAAUUCCGUGAAGCUCGUUUGGGCUCGGAGGGUGAAACGAUUGCGCCCCUGCGGCUGAUGUACCAGCUCGAUGAUGAGAAUGUCCCAGUCGAAGCCAACAUCUUUAAUUCUACGCCUUCGCAUGAGCUGAUCGAGGAGCUUAUGCACAAGGCCAACACCUACGUUGCCCAGAAGAUCGCUCAGGGCCUCCCUGAGAAGGCACUCCUGCGACGACAAGGGGCCCCAAACCCCCGCAGGCUUCGGACAUUUGCUGAUCGUAUGACCGCACUUGGGUACGAAAUCGAUACCACGAGCAGUGGCACGCUGCAAAAUAGCCUUUUCAAGGUUGACGACUCCGAGAUCCGUAAGGGAAUGGAGACUCUUCUGGUCAAGGCCAUCCCUCGUGCAAAGUAUUUCAUUGCAGGUAGGACUUUGGAGCACCUCCACCCUCAUUAUUAUCUCAACCUUCCGCUGUACACUCACUUUACGAACCCGUCUCGUCGUUACGCAGACAUCGUUGUCCACCGCCAACUUGAAUCUGUGCUGUCGGAGGGCAAGAUCGAGUAUAACGAGGACAUUGACGCUCUUGUCAAGGCUACGGAGUCGUGUAACACCAAGAAGGACUCCGCGCAGAAUGCCCAGGAGCAGAGUGUCCAUAUUGAGUCUUGUAGAAUCAUGGAUAAGAAGAGAGAGGACCUUGGAGAGGACCUCAUUAGCGAAGGCAUUGUCCUGGCCGUCUAUGAGUCCGCAUUCGAUGUCUUGAUCCCUGAAUAUGGUUUUGAAAAGCGUGUCCACUGCGAUCAAUUGCCAUUGAAGAAGGCUGAGUUCCGCAAGAAUGAGCGGGUCUUGGAAUUGUACUGGGAGAAGGGCGUUCCAUCUUCGGCAUACGUUCCUGAGGAUGAGCGCCCAAGACCUGGUGUUUCUCAGCGCACCGCCAAUGCCAGUAUUGCGGCUCGCGAGGCGGCCGUGGCUGAACGCGCAAGGAAGGAUCGUGAGGAGGCCCAGCGUAAGCAGAUGGAGACUGGAACCAUGUCUACUGAUGCCGUUGACGCUCUCUUCGACGAUGAUGAUGAUGAGAACGUUUCUGAUUUGGCGGAAAGCGUCCAAGGCGUCUCCCUCGGGAACCGACCAACGCAGAGCGUUCCACCGUCGCCAACCAAGAACUCCUUGACUGCGAGCGGCGACCUUCACCGAACUCGUUCAGACUCGAAGGUGCCUAUUGCGGAGUCGGCGUCGGCCAAGGCGGCCAGCAACAAGGAGAAGUAUCUGAAGUUCUUCUCUUUGAGAGAAGAGAACGGAGAGUAUAUUCAGGAUGUGAAGGAGAUGACCCGUGUGCCUGUUAUCCUGAAGACUGAUCUUAGCAAGAGCCCUCCUUGCCUUACGAUCCGCUCUCUCAACCCGUACGCUCUUUAAACGGCGUAGCAUGCCUCAACUGGCCAUAUAAUAACGAUACGCGAUAACUAUUCGCCGUCCACUCGUUUAUACCAUACACCCCCCGCGCUGCGUACGAUGCAACGCGGGCGAAUUAUUAGCGCUCGUUUAUAGAAUGGCUGAACCAAACACUUGUUGUCCUAUUGGAGGAAGGCAGUUCAAGUUUGUCAGAGAGGAUGGGGUAGAGAAGACGGCCAUACUAUUGGGUUUGGGCUUUCGGACGGGAGUGGUGGAAUAAAGCAAUGUUGGCACAAUAUGGUGUUAUGGAAGAUGUCCAUAGCAGGUGCCGUACUCUGGUCUUUCUCGCUAUUAGCGUUGUGCAUUUAUACAAAGUAGCUUAAAUCCAGUAUCUCUGUUAGUCUCGCAUCAACUUCAUCUCUAAUCAAUCCAAAUUGACUAGCCACAAUUGG